AUACAAACCAAUUUUUGAUCUUAUAAUAAUAAAAAUUCGGCGUUUUCUUACUCGCAUCCCUUGGUCCCGAUCCUGAAUGUAAAGACUGGUGAUCCUCGUCUUAAUGUUUUUGCCGUUCAUAAGUAACAGCCAAAGAUGAGCGAUACAGAGAAGUCGGGCGAUACGCCUGUCAGCGAGGCGAAUGCUCCCGCCUCGGCCCUGCAGGAACAACCUCGGGAAAAGGAAUUCAGGGAAGGCGGAUAUGGCUGGGUAGUAGUGACUGUUGCUGCGUUGCUAAAUGGGCAUACGUGGGGGCUGAACUCGUCCUAUGCUGUAUUUUUAGCAUACUAUCUCAGAACCGGAACCAUCGAGGGCGCAUCUCCAUUGGGUUUCGCAUUUGUGGGAGGAUUAUCUGUUGGUAUUGCACUACUCAUCUCGCCAUUUGCCACAAGUCUUGCUGGGCACAAGUACUUCGGAACAAGAAGAACAAUAUGGUUGGGUACAGUAUUUGAGACCAUCUCCUUUGUCGGAGCAUCAUUCACUAGCAAGCUAUGGCAUCUUAUCCUUAGUCAAGGAAUUUGUUUCGGCGUCGGAAUGGGUCUCAUCUUCGUAGCGUCAGUCCCAGUGCCCUCCCAAUGGUUCAUAAAAAAGCGCUCCCUCGCCAACGGCUGCGCGGCCGCCGGUUCUGGUUUUGGCGGCCUUGCCUAUUCUCUCGGAACAAACGCCAUGAUCUCCUCUGUUGGCCUGGAGUGGACAUUUCGCGUUCUAGCCAUCAUCUGCUUCGUGGUGAACUGCACAUGCGGCGCACUGAUCAGAGACCGUAACCAUGCAAUUGGAUCAAUCCAUACUGCGUUGAAUUGGGCGCUUCUCAAGCGUCCCUCUUACCUAAUGUAUCUGGGCUGGAUGUCCUUUUCUAUGAUUCCUUACACGGCGCUGAUAUUUAGUAUCGUCGACUACAGCCAGUCCGUCGGGCUUCCGGCCGCACAGGCAUCGCUGGUCGGUGCCCUGCUGAACCUAUCGCAGGGUCUAGGCCGCCCAAUCAUCGGCGUCUCCAGCGACAAGAUAGGCCGGCUCAACGUCGCUAGCUUCUGCACCGCGUUCGUGUGUAUCAUGACGCUGACACUGUGGAUAUUUUCCUUUACGCUCGCGACCUGUAUCCUCUUCGCGCUGUUGGCUGGAUGGGCUUCGGGCGUCAUCUGGGCCACUGCAGCGCCGGUUUGUGCUGAGGUUGUUGGCAUCCAGAUUCUCCCAUCGGCUCUGUCCUUGACGUGGGUGAUGAUGGUUUUGCCUUCCACAUUUGCAGAGGUUAUCGUACUCGAAAUCAGAAAGAGAAAGUAUCGUUAUGCGCAGUUAUUUAUUGGGCUUAUGUAUCUCGCCGCAUUCUGCUUCAUAUGGGGACUGAGAACAUGGAAGGUAAGCGAGAUGGAGAAUGCACAUCUCGACAAGGAGCAGAGGGAACGGGCAAUCCAGGACGGCGGGGUUGUGCGGGAUGAGGAGGCGAUGAGACGGCAGGAUAGCAUAGUGCAGAGGGCAUCGAUUGCAUCGAGGGCGAAGGAGACUGUAUCAAUGACCAAAUAUCUUUGGGCUUGGCAGAAAGUGUAGAACAAUAGUGUUGAACUAACGGUUGCUGCAAUGCAAUGGGAUUCGCGUCGUUUGAAUAAGCGAUGAUUUGCUGCGACAUUUCGAUUCUGAGCUGGUAUUCGCUCUGCCGUCUCGACAUUUACCUU